GUUCUGCUGAGGGUAAAAGUGGCGGAGAUGGGAGGCUGAGGGAGAGUUGCGUUUCACUUGAAUGGGGGCUAGAAGUGACGGUGGGAACGUGGGUUAGGGCUGCUGUAAUCAGUAGAGCGUUGAAGGUGGAAGCUGAGCGAACUGGACUGGACAGUCGACUGCCUUAUCGGCCUCAGCGUUCCCAUUUCUUCAGAUUCCUGCUGAAGGAUCAUGCCGAGGCACCAGAAGCGAGCGUGCCGGGGUGCACCCGAGUCAGAAAUGGAGGUGCCAUCAGGCAAACGUACCAAGGCCACCAAGACUAAGACUCCAGAGAAACCAGUGGUAGAAGCAAAGACCUCUGAGUCCCUUAAGAAGGGUCAGGCUACUAAAGAUUGUGGAAAUGAGCCAAGUGGUUACUGGCUGAUGAAAUCAGAGCCAGAAAGUCGGCUGGAGAAAGGCGUAGAUGUGAAGUUUGGCAUUGAGGAUCUCAAAGCACAGCCUAAACAGACAGCAUGCUGGGAUGGUGUUCGAAACUACCAGGCCCGGAACUUUCUAAGAGCAAUGAAAGUGGGAGACGAGGCCUUCUUCUAUCACAGCAACUGUAAAGAACCAGGCAUCGCAGGCCUCAUGAAGAUUGUGAAGGAGGCCUACCCUGAUCAUACACAAUUUGAGAAAGAUAGCCCUCAUUAUGACCCAUCCAGCAAGAAGGAAAACCCCAAGUGGUUCAUGGUGGAUGUCCAAUUUAUUCGAAUGACCAAACGUUUUAUUCCCCUGGCUGAGCUCAAGGGCCAUCACAAAGCCAAUGGUGGCCCUCUAGAAAAGAUGGCUCUCUUUACCCGUCAGAGACUCUCAGUCCAGCCUCUGACCCAAGGGGAAUUUGAUUUUGUCUUGAGCCUGGAGGACAAGAAGCCAAGUUAAGUGGGAACUUCUUGUUGGAAAGAAAGGGAGGACUGUUUCUCCAAGCAAGUAUAAGUCACGCCUCUCUUGACAAGGAGGUGAGAGGGAUUUGGAUUUGCUGGUUACUUUUUCCUUCAGGGUUGGUGUGUCUGUAUACCUGGCAUGGGUUUUUUA